AUGGCGGCCUCGCUGCGCGCCCUCCUCCGCCCCGGUGCCGGUGUCUGCGCCGGUGCCGCGCGGCGCCGCGCUCUCCUGGCGGCACUCCGCCCCCUCGUGGCGGGGCGGGGGUACAGCGACGGGCCCCCGUUCCGCUUCCUGCAGGUGCAGAAGGCCGGGGCGGGCGGCAGCGUGGGGCUGAUCCGGCUGCAGCGGCCCGAGGCGCUCAACGCGCUCUGUGCGGGGCUGAUGGAGGAGCUGGGGCGUGCGCUGGACGCCUUCGAGGCCGACGGGCAGGUGGGAGCUAUUGUCAUCACCGGCAGUGAAAAGGCCUUUGCGGCCGGUGCUGACAUUAAAGAGAUGCAGAACAAAACCUUCCAGGAGUGCUAUAGUGGCUGCUUCCUGGCUGGCUGGGAUCGGGUGGCCACUGUCCGCAAGCCCACCAUCGCCGCCGUUAAUGGCUUCGCUCUGGGCGGCGGCUGCGAACUGGCCAUGAUGUGCGACAUCAUCUAUGCCGGGGAGAAGGCGCAGUUUGGGCAGCCCGAGAUCCUGCUGGGGACGAUCCCAGGCGCCGGCGGAACGCAGAGGCUGACCAGGGCGGUGGGCAAGUCGCUGGCCAUGGAGAUGGUGCUGACUGGGGAGCGGAUCUCGGCGGCGGAGGCCAAAGCGGCAGGUCUGGUCAGCAAAGUCUUCCCCACGGAGAAGCUGCUGGAUGCGGCCAUUGGCUGCGCUGAGAAGAUCGCUACCAACUCCAAACUGGUGGUAGCUAUGGCCAAGGAGUCCGUCAAUGCUGCGUUCGAAACAACACUGACAGAGGGCAACAGGACAGAGAAGCGCCUUUUCUAUGCUACUUUUGCCACCGACGAUCGCAAGGAAGGGAUGACUGCCUUUGUGGAGAAGCGCAAAGCCAACUUCACUGACAGUUGAGCUGCAGAACCAGCAGACACUUGUUCCCCUUUGCUGCCCUUCACCAGCCAUGUGCCUCAAAAUGAAGGACGGGUCUGUUGGCACCGCAGAGGGAGCCAGCACCCGACACUGACUGAUGCCCACACUGGGCAAGAUCCUCAGCAGGGUUUUGCUUGUUAUUGCUAUUAAAAGGCUUUCCUGGUGC